AAGCGAAAUCUGGUGGAGCCCGAGUGAGUAGCGAGGUUGCCCUGCCCGGAAGAAGAGCUUGGCGAAGGGGCGGGGUUUGACGCACGCUUGGGCGCUUCCCGUGCCGAGGCCCCGCCUCUGCCUCCAGGUUAUGUAGCUCUUACUCCCUCCCUCACUUGCACGCUCGCACCCUCCCGAACAGCUGCAGCUAGUGACGCUCUCGGUGCUUUCGGGAGGCUCCGGAGUCUGCAUCAGGAGUUCAGACAGCAGAGUAGCGGUUCCGGGUUCCCAGCACCUAACCCCGCGCCGUCCCUCAAGCCCAACAACCCACCGGAAGAGGCCCCGAGGCCUAACCUGCUAUGGCUGAUAUCCUGGUGUCGGCGCUGCUGGCGCCCUCGCGAUUGACGCUAAGGCUGAUUCGCUUCUUCUUCUGGAUCCUGGUGUAUUGGGGCGCGUGCUUGGCUGCCUUCGUCUACUUCAUGAAGGCCUUGGGCCACGUGCUGCGGCACCCGCGGCGAGGCUGCUGUGGCAGACCGCGCCGGAAGGCCCCCACGUUGCUUCAAGACCCCUCUUUUGGGCAGCACCACUUCCUUGACCUCAAGACCUCCGGCCUGCGGCUGCAUUACGUUUCUAAGGGCCAUGGGCCCCUGAUGCUCCUCAUCCAUGGCUUCCCUCAGACCUGGUUUUCCUGGCGACACCAACUUAGAGAGUUCCACAACAAUUUCCGUGUGGUAGCACUGGACUUGAGGGGCUAUGGGAGCUCAGAUUCACCUACCAAUCUGAACAGCUACACCAUUGAUGCCCUGACAACAGACAUCAAAGAUGCUAUUGAAGCCCUAGGUUACUCCAAAUGUGUCCUGGUGGCCCAUGACUGGGGUGGAAUCUUAGCCUGGAAUUUCUCCAUCUACUAUCCAAGUCUGGUAGAGCGGCUGGUGGUGGUGAGCGCUGCCCCUACAUUUGUUUACCAAGAGUAUGCCCUGCGCCAUCCCAGUCAGCUCUUUCGCUCCGGUUAUGUGUUCCUGUUUCAGCUACCUUCCGUGCCUGAGAAGUUGCUAUCUAUGUCUGAUUUUCAGAUUCUAAAGGACACGUUGAUUCAUCCUACAACUGGAAUUCCUGGCCUUACAGAUGAGGAACUAGAGGCUUUCUUGUACAGCUUCUCCCAGAAACAGGGCCUCCUUGGCCCCCUCAACUACUACCGCAAUCUUUUCAGUCACUUUCCACUAGAGCGUCAGGAGCUGACAGUACCAACAUUGUUGUUAUGGGGAGAAAAAGACCCAUACCUGGAGACUGGACUUGUGGAGAGUAUUAACAAACACUUUGUGCCAGGCCGCUUGCUGUCCUAUGUCCUGCCUGAUGCUGGCCACUGGAUCCCCCAGGGACAACCAGAGCAGAUGCAUCACUACAUGUGGGCUUUUUUAAAGAGGUUCAAAGUGUAGUCGUGACUCUUCCUUCAGAUAUGAACAUUCUGGUUUUCUGCUCCUCCCAAGGCCCACUCAAAACAAGGGAAGAAAGGGAACAGCACUUGAAACAAGCCAGCUUUUGACUGUAAUAUGGAAAUAUUGUCCCUCUAACUCUCCUCAUCAUAGAUAUCCAAUCAAUUCAUUCCUCUCCCCAAUAUUUAAACUGUCAUACUCUGUCCUCUCAUUUCCUGGCUGGCUGGUCCCAGUUGAACCCCUAUUAAAUUCUGCAAGUUCUUUUCUCUUAUUGUUUUAGAGAAAGCACCUCUUAUAGAAAGAAAGGGACCACUGUACCUGUGAUGUAUGCACAGAAAUAAAUCUCCCACUCCCUGC